GCUGGCUCUCCCCGUGGCGGCUCAGGUAGAUGGCUCGUGGUGUGACGUGUGUGUUCAUCAGGUAGUACACCGUCCUGCUCUGCACGUGGCCCUGCACCCGGUUCGCCAGGUACCGCACCCCCACGUCGAAGAUCUUGAUACGGUGCAAGCUAAGGGGGACCCACACUUUUUGCAGGGGGUUCUGAGUCAGCUGUCCCGAUGCCACCGCCGCCAUGGCUCUGCCCUCUGUCCCCACUACGGGAAUGGUGGCUCUGGUGACCGGCGGAGCCUCAGGGCUGGGCAGGGCUACGGCGGAGCGUUUGGUGGAGCAAGGAGCCCGCGUUGUCCUCCUUGACCUGCCCAGCUCGCAGGGGGCACAGCUGGCAGCGGAGCUGGGUGAACGUUGCGCCUUUGCCCCCGCUAACGUGACGUCGGCUGAGGAGGUGGAGGCUGCACUGGCAUUGGCCAAGAAGACUUUUGGGAAGCUGGAGCUGACUGUGAACUGCGCCGGGGUGGGAAUCGCCGUCAAGACCUACAACGCCAAGAAGGACAAAGUACACGAGCUGGAGGACUUCCAGCGGGUCAUUAAUGUUAACCUCGUUGGGACCUUCAACGUUAUCCGCCUCAGCGCUCGCCUAAUGAGCCAAAACACACCUGAUCCUGAUGGCCACCGGGGGCUGGUGGUGAACACAGCCAGCGUGGCUGCCUUUGAAGGGCAGGUGGGCCAGGCAGCCUAUUCAGCCUCCAAGGGUGGCAUCGUGGGCAUGACGUUGCCCAUCGCCCGUGACCUGGCACCACUGGGGAUCCGUGUGGUCACCAUCGCCCCAGGGCUUUUCUCCACCCCGCUGCUGGCCGGGCUGCCUGAGAAGGUGCGGAACUUUUUGGGGCAGCAAGUUCCCUUCCCGUCUCGGCUGGGGAACCCUUCUGAAUACGCCCACCUGGUGCAGGCCUUGGCUGAGAACCCUAUGAUCAACGGGGAGGUGGUGAGGUUGGACGGGGCUCUCCGGAUGCAGCCCUAAAUGGGGGGGGACACGGCGUGGGGAUGGCCACGAUGAUGCGCCCCAGGGACACCGUGGGGCGCGGGGACACCCCGGAAUGGGGACACGGACCUACCUACCCCAUUCUGUAUGGGGAACACGUGGGGAACUGAACCAGGAUUGCCUGUGUUGGGGACCCCGUGGGGACCUGGUCUGAGGUCACCUGGGUUCGGGGACCCAAUGGGUCCCGUCCAAGGGCUGGAGACUGACCCUGUGGGCACACCUCUUUUGGGGACCCUCCUGGGGCUCAGUCCAGGGUCACCUGGGUGUGAGGACCCCAUGGGGACCCGGUCCAAGCCCACACAGGUCUCGGGACUCCAUGAUCUAGGACCACUUGAGGUUGGGGAUCCCAUGGGGACCCGGUCCAGAGACACCCGGGCUUGAGGAUCCCAUGGGGACCCGGCCAGCCCCGCUCGGGUUUGGGGACACGACCCGGCCACCCCACGCUGCUACCUCCCGCAAUAAAAGCUGUGCGCUCUGCUCGG